UCUUUAAACAUUGCAGAUAUUAAGGAGCAUGUGAAGCAGAUAGAGAAGGCAGUGUCUGGAAAGGAGCCGAGAUUUGUUCUUCGUGCACUGAGAGCCCUGCCAUCUACAUCCCGUCGUUUGAACCCCAAUGUCCUGCACAAAGCUAUUAAUGGCUUUUUCACCUCCAACGCUACCACCCGUGACUGGCUGCUGAGUUUCUUGGAGGAGAUGAUGGAUACAGAGGGGGAUUUGCAGUUCAGACCAAGAACAGGAAAGGCUGCCUCUGCCCCUUUGCUCCCAGAGGUAGAAGCUUACCUGCAGCUUCUUCUGGUGAUCUAUCUGAUGAACAGUAAACACUACACAGAGGCACAGAAGGUGUCAGAUGACUUGAUGCAGAAAAUCAGCCCUCAGAAUCGGCGAGCUCUGGAUCUUGUAGUAGCAAAAUGUUAUUACUACCACUCUCGUAGCUAUGAGUUCCUCAAUAAACUAGAUGCUGUCAGAAGCUUCCUGCAUGCAAGACUGCGAACAGCCACACUCAGGCAUGAUGCUGAUGGACAAGCUACACUGCUCAACCUGCUUCUUAGAAACUACUUACAGUACAACCUGUAUGAUCAGGCUGAAAAACUAGUGUCCAAGUCAGUAUUUCCUGAGCAGGCUAACAACAACGAGUGGGCUCGCUAUUUGUACUACACAGGUCGGAUUAAGGCCAUUCAGUUGGAAUACUCUGAAGCCAGAAGGACUCUGACUAAUGCUUUGAGGAAAGCCCCCCAACACACAGCAGUGGGCUUCAAACAGACGGUCCACAAGCUUUUGAUUGUGGUAGAACUUCUAUUAGGUGAAAUCCCAGAUCGUCUCCAAUUCAGACAGCAUUCACUAAAGAGGUCUCUUAUGCCUUAUUUCCUCCUUACCCAAGCUGUUCGUACAGGCAAUCUGGCCAAGUUUAAUCAGGUGCUUGAGCAGUUUUGUGAAAAGUUCCAGGCAGAUGGAACGUACACACUUAUCAUUCGACUGAGGCAUAAUGUCAUCAAGACAGGUGUGCGUAUGAUCAGCCUGUCCUAUUCCAGGAUCUCUCUGCCUGACAUUGCCCAGAAGUUACAGCUUGACAGUCCUGAGGAUGCUGAAUUCAUAGUUGCUAAGGCAAUCCGUGAUGGAGUCAUUGAAGCCAGUAUUAACCAUGAAAAGGGUUACGUCCAAUCUAAGGAGAUGACUGACAUUUACUCCACACGAGAGCCCCAGCUGGCUUUCCACCAACGCAUUUCUUUUUGUUUAGACAUUCACAAUAUGUCCGUUAAGGCUAUGCGAUUCCCUCCCAAGUCAUACAACAAAGAUUUGGAGUCAGCAGAGGAGCGGCGUGAGCGGGAGCAGCAGGAUUUAGAAUUUGCUAAAGAAAUGGCUGAAGAUGAUGAUGACGGCUUCCCGUGA